AUCGUAAAAUAAUAUAAAUAUAAAAAAUUGAAAUAUAGAUUGAAUAGAAUUUAGCCAAUAGCCAUCGUUGUCAAGUAAUCUUGAUUUUAAAUAUACGACAUUUUAAAAUGAAAUAUUCUACAUCACCACCAGUAAGUAGGUGUAACUCUCCUGGUCCUAGUGAAACAAGUUCAAAUUUACCCAUGCCAGUAACUUACAGGCAAGAUUGUAUGGGUGCAGCAACAAAAUGUUACAAGUACUUAAGAAAAUUAUUAAAAUUUGAACAAAUGGAUUUUGAAUUCGCUUUAUGGCAAAUGAUUUUUUUAUUUAUAUCACCACAAAAAGUAUAUAGAAAUUUUCAAAGUAGAAAACAAACAAAAUCUCAAUUUGCAAGAGAUGAUCCUGCAUUUUUGGUAUUAUUAAUGUGUUGUCUAUGUAUAUCUUCUGUUGGUUUUACCAUAGUUUUGGGAUUAGGAUUUCUUCAAUUUAUAAAAUUACUAUUUUAUAUGAUAUUUAUUGAUUAUCUUGCAGCUGGCUUAAUAGUAGCUACAAUAUUUUGGUAAAUUAAGAAUUUUAUUUUUAUUACAUUAUUAU